AUGAAUAAUGAUUAAACAUUUUAAGAUGUCGAUCAAUUUCUUCAUCCCCUUGCUGCAUAAUAAUCUAUACCUCAUAUAUAAUAGGCUAUUACAUAAGAUCAACUUUUAGCAUAAAAUGUUCGAUUAUUGUAACAAUUACAAGAACAAUAGAGAAUGUUAAAUCUAUAGAGUCUCUUCAAUAAUAGUAUGCUUAUGAAUCCAUUGAUUCAAUAAUAAGUCAAUUAGGAAAGCAAAAAAAUAAAGAAAGUCAAUAAAACAAUAAAAACUAUACAAUCAACAACAAGUCUUAAGGAUUGUGCUUAACCAAUCUAAGAAAUCAAAGGAAAUGUUAAAAAUGCUUAUAUCAAAAAAAUAACUUCACUACUUAGUGUUGAAGGAGAUCAGUUGAUAGAUGAAGACUUAUAAGAAGAUUUAGAAUUAGAGAGUUAUUCUGAAAUAUAAGAUAAAAGCAAAUUGGCAGGUUUAUUGGGAUCAAAUAAUGAUUUAUUGAAUAGUGAAUCAAAAAAUAAAAGAUUAAGACAAAGUGCUAAGAAUUCUAGACUUCGAAAAAAAGUUUAUCUGAAAUUACUUGAAAAAAAAGUAAUAUAAUUUUAUAAUUAUUUUUAGGUUUCUGAAUUGGAUUAGUAAAUUUAAGAAUACAAAAAAACAACCAGAUAAUCAUUUGAGUAUUUGACACAAAUAUUACAAUCUCAUCCUAUUUUAAAUAGUAUGAUUAUUGGAAAUUCAUCAGCCAUUGAUUAAGUGUUAGAAUGUUCAUCAUCUGAUUAAGCUUAAUUAGUAUUGGAUUCAUAUUUAGUAAUGAUAUAAUUCUUAUUUUUAUAGAUGAGAUAUGGAACUUGUGGGAUUAAAAGAAGAGAUUAUGUUAAAUAUGCUGUUAAAAAUAUAUAAAAGAAUUUUCUUAAAGGCAAUUAUGGAUUAUAACUUAUGAGUUGGAAUUAAUAAAUUUAAAAUUGUAAAGAGUAUUUUAUUUAUCAAAUUAGAUGACACUGAAUUUAAUUAAUAUGUAGAAAUUGUUAAAGAAGAGGCUAAACUUGAAGAUGAUAAUCUUGUUUAUAGUGUUUUACCUACUAUUGAUAAAAUGCUUAACCAUCGUAAAAUGUCUUAAUAGUAUUAAUAAUUCUAACUCUAGAUUAUUACUCAAAUUUAAUUAGGAUAUCAAAAAUUUAAAAUAGAAUCAAUAAGAAAUUGA